UAAGAAUUAAGCCCCGGGCAGGUGGGCGCUGUCGCAGCGGAAUGGGCGGGCGUCCACGGUUAAAAGCCCAGCGGACCGGCGGUGCUGGUGCCGCUUUUCCGAGGCAUGUCCUGCGUAAAGCCGCGGAGCGCCCAGCACAAUACCACCCCUGGGCCAUGAGAUCAGGACGUACGAUGGCAUCAGUGUAACACCUGAGCACCGCCCUCGUGACGGAUGUCAGUGGCGCCAGCAUGAGCAAGUCACCCGUGCGACGAUGUCUCCAGCUCUGUGUAUUCCUGGUAAUAGUGUCUUCCUCAGAAGGCAAGGUUAGCGCCCAGUCUCAUGUGCAGGUUCUUGUGGGCCUUCCUGCAACACUGCGCUGCAACCUGGCGCUCUCUGGGUCCGAGGUGCUGAAGCAGGUGCGCUGGGUCAAUGGCCGUAACGUCACCGUCCUCAGCUACGUCUCCCGGCACUCUGUAAGUGCCGUGGAACCCGAACGCGUGUCGCUGACGUCUGCCACCCGCGACUCCAGCGCCAUCACCAUCUCCAUGGCGGGUCCGCGGGACGAGGGCUGUUACACGUGCAUCUUUGAUGUGUAUCCUACUGGUUCCCAGGAAGCCCAGACCUGCCUUGUCCUCACAGCCAAGGUGACCCCGGACGGGAACCACACGGCAGUGAGCGGGAGGCAGGCCACGCUUGCGUGUCGCUACGGUCUCGCCCGGAGGGUGCAGCAGGUGCAGUGGACGAAGGCCGGGGAGCGCGGGGACCCCAGUGACGUGGCCUCCUUCAACAAGCACGGGGAGCCCAUCAUCCUGGACGCCCUGCUGGGCCGCAUCAGCCUGAGUCGCACGCUGGACGAGAGCCGCUUGUUCUUCCAGCCCGUCAGGACGGAGGACGAGGGCUGCUACACGUGUGAAUUCCACGCUUACCCCGAGGGAGUCAGAAGUGCCGUGGUCUGCCUCACUAUCUAUGUGUUGCCGAAGCCCCAGAUUACCCAUAAAACCACAUCGGCGGGGGUGAUUGAGGCAAACUGCAGCGCAGUGGCUCGGCCAGCCGCAAUGAUUGCCUGGAACGUGGAGGGAAACAACAAGACCCUGGGCCCAGCUAGCGUCCUGUCUCUAAAGCAGGACGAUGGCACCACCUUGGUUAUCAGCACCCUCUCCCUACGGUCCGACUUGCUCCAUGACCGAUCAAUCAAGUGCCUGGUCCACCACCGGGGCCUGGAGUCAGCUAUCUCCAUCCCCUUGAACACAAAGAUGGGGGAGGCCCUUACAAUCCUCAUCCUGGUGAUCAGCUUGGCCGUUAUGCUCCUCGUUUGCCUCUGCAUCUGCUUGUGGAAGUGCUUUCUACGCAAGAACUAGGUUACAUUUUCCCGGAUGCUGAGGUUCCAGUGGCACAGUUUCCGUUAAACGCAAAGCCUGAGCGGACACGAGGCGCCCCCCCCCUCCCCUCCCAUGCACCGUGCUUCAGGAAGUACCAGGCGUGACCAUUUCCCUGCAGGGCAACACAGCGGAAACCUGUCCCCUGUGCCGUCAGGGCGACGCAUCAGUCAUCCCUGGAAGUCCCGAGAACUUCUGUAUUUUACUCCUUUGUAUGUAUAUGUCGUCUACGGCCUGAUGUGAUUUCUCAUUUCUGGUGAGUUGGAAUCCUAUGAUGAACAACAAUCAUUCGUAAAAGAAAGACGAAAACUGAAACGUAUAGUGCUGUAAUGCAUUGUUUAUUACAAACUCCUCUGUUCUGCAUGAUUCAGCUCCAGUCAGAGUUUAAAACAAUGUGAAGGGAAAUUAUAGCAUCUAUAGGGCUGGGCUUCCUGUUUGGCUUGGUGGUCCUGAGUGGCCUCAUGGAAAGAGCAGCUACUGCUCACCCUCUUGGUGGAGAUGCCACCAUAGACAGUCAAAGAACGUGCAGCAGGCCAAGAUGUGCUCUGCAGAUCACGUGAUCUGCUUUCGCAGAACUCCUUAUACUUCUUGCAUUUACUAACACAAAACUCAUUUCACUGGAUUUCACUUCGUCCUGAGCAGUACGGGAACAGAUGCGCGUCGAUUGUGUCUGAAAUUAUACUUGGUCGCUUCGGUAUCGCCGCAUGAUCUCCGCUAAACUCUUCGAGAGGAUAGGCAUGUUAGUCACGGAGUUUAUUUUAGUCUGUUGGAGGCAGACAUAUCUUUGGCGGCAGCUCAAGGGACACUGAUGACAGCUAAGAAAAUAACCAGUGCUGGGAACUUUACUGUUUCCGUUUCACUGAAAUGACAAGUGGACUGUAAAAGGAUAGAAUGAGAAGGGACUCUUAGGUCACUAUAGGUAAUGAAAAAUAAGCUAUAUUUAUUUCCAUAUUGGUUUCAAUUUCCAAAUACUUUUCAAUAAAACGGGGGAAACUCUCUGUCCUCCUGUAGGUGAACUUCUUUCCAACUUCAUGUGAAAAGUCUUGAACACUUUUUUUUUUUAACUUUUUUUUGUUGUAAGUAGUAAGAUGAUGUUACAGGCAUGACGACUCGCGGCAAACAGGCAGCACGGCAGCCCUCGUACCUUUUCAUGUUCUGUACCACUUGCCAUCACACUUUCUUCUGAUGUUAACUCUGCCAGGGAUUUCAAUUGAGCAUGGCUCUAAUGUCAAAGCUGAAUUAAGUCCAGACUACUGACUGUGUUCCCACCUGGUCAAACGAUAAAUUAUAGUCAUAUUAAAUCAUACAAAAUGAAAAUCUGUUGGAACAGAAUUUUUGUGUCAAUUCUCAGCACCUUUAGGAAAAGGAGAAUCGUGGUGAAAUAUUUGCAGACAGCGCCACCUGUUGUAUACUGGCGGGGAGAUUUUGUGAUGCAUUUCUGCAAUGAGGUCUGUGUCUGCGUGUAUCUUAAAAAGUCCAGCUGUUCACCCCUGGUCUUUUCCGGAAAAGUACCCCGUAUUCCAACAAGAGUUGCGCAGACUUCCCGGCAACUAGCUUCUGUUGUCAUGAAGAGGUGAGCCAGAAAGAAGUUAUACCUGCUGAAGGAUUGCAAAAUUGUGUGUGGAGUAGUGCUCAGUUAAUCCGAUAAACUUUAUCAGUUAUUUUGUAAUUGCUGUGCGAUAGCAAUACCACACCAGUAAGGUCAUGUGAUGUUUAUUAACCACACACAUGCUGCUUAGGGUUAGCGGCCCCUUGGCCAAUGUAGAUGGUAAAGAUGUUGCACGAUGUAAAAUACUAUGGCAAGUCCACAAAUUUACUGUAGAUCACACUAGAUUUGUAAACAUGAUCGAUAUUAUGUCCAUUGCAUUGCAUUUUAUUUUACUUUUCAUUUGACAUACCAGAAAAGAGAAACACUAUUUAGAGAUACAGCAGUACAUACAUUUAUGAAACAUGCUGCAUUUUGACCCGCUGAAAUGUUCUUUUUAAAUGCUGUGUAAAGUAACGUUUCUGUCCUUAUUUCGAGAAAUAAUAAAAUGCAGAAGACAAUAUAACAGGUGUAUAAAAAAUAAAUGCUAAUUUAUUUACCCAUGUUUUUAACAGAAAUAAAACUGCAAUUAAAAGCGCUAAUACCCAAA